UGGCGGGGCUACGACGACCCCCAGGAGGGCGGCAAAGUGGUGCGCGGGCCCGGCGGCGAGACCCUCUCGCUCGCCUACUGGCCCGAGUGCUCCGACACAGAGGUGCCACCGCUCGACUUGGGCUGGACCGACAAGACCUUCUACCGGGGCAUCAGCCGCGUGGCCCUCUUCACGCACCCGCGCAAGGAGGAGAGCGCGCCCCACCUCAAGGAGGUGGUGCGGGACAUGAUCCAGCAGGCCCAGAAGAUUAUUGCACUGGUCAUGGAUAUAUUUACAGAUCGGGACAUCUUCCGAGACAUUGUUGAUGCAGCAUGUAAGCGUUGGAUUCCUGUCUAUAUAAUCCUAGAUGAGGACGGGGUGAAGCUUUUCUUAGAAAUGUGCCGCUGCCUUGAGCUCAAGGACACACAGAUCCGGAACAUCCGUAUUCGUUCUGUGACAGGAGUUGGGUUCUACAUGCCAGCAGGAAAAAUCCGAGGUGCUUUGGCAUCCCGAUUCCUGAUGGUGGAUGGUGAAAAAGUCGCCACAGGAUCCUACAGCUUCACGUGGAGUUCAUCCCAUGUUGACAGAAACAUCCUACUCGUAUUGACAGGACAGCAUGUAGAGGUGUUUGAUGUUGAAUUUCGUGAGCUCUAUGCCAUUUCAGAGGAAGUCAAUCUCUACAAAGAACUGGGUAUUCCUAAUCCACUGCCUCCGGGAGUUGGUAAACUGGGCCUUCAUUCCUCCACUGUGGCUCGGAAGAUCAUCAACCCCAAGUAUGGUUUAGUGGCAGGGGCAACCCGUGGUGAUAUGAUGCUCUGGGCUUCACGACACAGGCAGGAGAACCAGGGGAAUUUGGAAAAAGAGGAAACAAGUGAGUCGAAGAAGCGGUUGAAUCAGUUCCUGAAUGACUUAGUCACACUGGAGCAAGAACUCCCAGAGAUUGAGCCCCCUCUGGAGAACUUGAACAAGUCAAAUCGGAGUCCUCAGAAACUGUUCUGUCGGCUCCACGUGGACUUGAAAAAUAAAUCCAAAUCUAGAGAAUCUAUUCGUGACAUGAAGAAAGAAGAUGCGCAGCCCAGCUCAAAGCAAGGAAAACGUUUUGCCAGUGGGCUUUUCAGUCGCAAGGCCAAACGGUCUCCAGGCUCGAGCAUUGAGGCCAAUUCUUUUGCCAGUGAAGGACAUUCAGGAGAAGACCUGGGGAACAUGAAACUGGAAUGUGAACGGCUCAGCAUAGGUCAUGCCAGCAUUCGGAGUGCUGGAGGCAUCUCAGGUAAUCCAGGUCCAAACUCCUCUACGAGUGAUAAAAACAAACAACAACCUACCUGUGUGUUAUCUUGA